UAUAUUAAACGUAAAAAAGAUAUAGAAGAAAAUUACAGAAGAGAUACUAUUACUAUUUUAACAGCAAAAUCUUAUCUUCAUAAAUUUCAAUCACUUAUGAAUGAAAAUAGGUAUACUACUUCUAAUGGAUUCGAGAAA